AUGUCGUAUGAAGCACUUGAGCUGUAUCACGCGGCAGCCGAGACGGAAAAGGCUUUUCAGGAGAAAAGUUUCCCGCUCGGCUCAGAUCUUGCUGAAGGAUUCUUGGAAAACCAGGACUUCUACGACUCGCGUCAGGGAUUAGAUUCCACCGAGCAAAUGGACCUGAUUUUUACCGAAGAUACUAGCCUUAACUCCUUGAGAGGUGUUCCUGAUGGCCAACGGCUGACUGUGGCUGAUAUGCAACUCGAGCAACCCAGGUAUGGCAUAAUCGAUUCCACGGAUCCGACGCUACUUCAAGGAGUCGUGAACGACCCUCUCCAACAUGCGGAACUUCAUCCUGAACAUUUUGAUCCGCAUAUAUUCGAUGGCAGGCAGUCAUCCAGCUUAAUGGACCCUGUUGGAAGAGUCGCGGCUGGCGCAGUACUUGGACGGGGUCAGCAACGAGUACAGAGCUUCCACGGGCUCCAAUAUAACGAGACCUCCCCUGCAUAUCCAGGUCGAGGUGAUCUCGAGCAGAUCUAUGAAGAAGAUAAGAUUGCACUGGCUUUAGAUUGGGAUCACUGGGCGAUAUGCCGUUGUCUUCCACCGCCUACAGCUGCUCCUGAGGAUCGAAAGAAGUCAUCGAUCAUGACCCUCGAGCAAAAUUUCGCACUCCCGGGACCUUGGACCAGCCUAAAAGGCAGCCGGAGAGGAGUGCAGUUUGCGCCCGCCGAACGUUUUGUAAACGUGGAGCUGACCGAAACAACUCGAGAAUGGCUCUUGAUGAUUGCACAAGGCUUCAUGCGCGUUGCCAUGGAGGUUCACGGCUUGACGAUUGCUCCUCCAUCUCCAGAGUCGCCUGGUAUGGAUGAAUUCAGUAAUAUGGGAGGUUUCAUACGAUUGCCACCAUCUGAAGCGCUUCAUAGAUACCUCGAGACGGUAUUGACGAUCUACGAGCCAUUUUACCCACUUGUUCCAGCACGAAUUCUGGAACCCAAUCAAUUGGCCGGGGCUCAAAAUGGCCGAGGAUCCAAUUUAUUACUCUUUUUGAUGUUCGCCUUGGGAUCAAUGCUGGAUCCUGCGAUAAAAGCACGACGAUUUUCUACAGCUUUGACUGAAAUCUGCAGGCACUCGAUCCACGAUAUACUCGAAAAAGAUUCAGGUGCCCCUGGAAGUGGACUUCUAUUCUAUUGCUCAUUGAUUUUCAUCAUAAAAAGCUCUUUCAGUGGUGACAAAGCACACAUGAAUAUUGCAGUGGCUCAUAGGCAUAUGUACCUGACCUUAAUGAGGUCGGCUGGACAUUUCAAGAAACCAUAUCGUCAAUUACAGGCACUCAUCCUCGAGCACGACGGCCUCGGAAAGUUUUGGCAGACUUGGCUUGAAAAAGAGAGUGCUGCGAGACUUGCAUACGGUUGGGUUAUGCUAGAAACGGAGAUAAGCCUGUUCUACGACUGUCGCCCGAUUCUAGAUACUUCGGAACUCGAAGUACCGUUGCCUUCCAGUGAGGAACUAUGGCUCGCUUCGAAUCCUGAAGAAUGGCGUCAAAACUUGUGUAAAGAAGGCUCAUUCGGUGACUGGCAGGUCUGUUUGGAUGCACAGCCAGAUCACUCGCUUCGGAGCCUAUUUCAACUUUUGAUGAAUGACGAACUAGACCAACUGGAUUUCCAGCCGACAAUCUUACAUUUGAGGCUACUGUUAUACCCGCUCCACGUCCUUGUGGCGGAACUGGGUCAGCUUUUGGACAGCGGCUUAGUAUCUUUGCAGUCUCAAUGGUUCUCCAGUACCACCAUGCAAAGUUCAUCAGUGCUCCGUUAUGAGGAGAUACGUCAGCUCUUGCAAGCAUGGCUUGGUGCCUUUCAUCGAUCAAGUGGACAUGGUGCUCGAUAUCGUGCAAUGAAAAGUGCCGCCUUGACACUCUUUCAUCUUAUCAGCCUCAACCUAUCUACCGCCUUCAGCAAACUGGAGCGUAUCGCUCGGGAGGGUUAUGACGUCUUUGAGUCUCAAUCAAGCACAGAUUUGGCUUCAAAAUGGAUCCGCGCCCCCGAACAUGCCAUUGUGCAUUGCGGCCAAGUUUUCCGGUUAUCUAGAGAAAUGGACCAAGGAAUAUGCCCCAUUUGGAGUGCGGCAGCCAUAUAUCGCGCUACUCUGAUACUAUGGUCGAUAAGCCUGUUAAAGGCAAAUUCUGCAAUGGGGCAAGAGACCAUCAGAUUCCCGCAAAACCACGGGAAAGAACUUGUGAUUGAUGAGGUAUUGUUUCAGGACGAUGAGGUUCAACGAUAUCUUCGACGAGGAAAUGCCAGGCCCAUGCUUACCACCGACGACGGACGGUUGAUUUCACUGGAUAACCCUGGAGAACUAUUGCAUUUGGGUAUCACCACAGUAACUCGGCAUUGCUUGGCAACAUCUUUCUCCGCUGGAGUUAGGUUCAAGCUGGAGAAGAUGUCCAAGCUUUGGGAACCAAAAGAUCGGUCUAUUUUCAACCAAGGGUCACUUGUAGGGGCAUGA